GACGAAGACUCCUUGGACCUUAGAAUGUGCCUGUGCAGUGCCAGGCGCCGGGCCUGCACUGUCCUCCUGGUCUGUUUCCUGACCCUGAGGCCGGCCGCCGGCCUGCAGUGCCUCAGCCAGAGCCUGGAGGACGUGGUCAUCGACAUCCAGUCCUCGCUGGCCAGGGGCGUCAGGGGCAGCGAGCCCACACACACUCCAGGCCCCCAGGAGUGCAUCGCCUCCUGUUGUUCGACGAGAAACAUCUCAGGGGACAAAGCGUGUAACUUGAUGAUCUUCGACACUCGGAAAACCAUCAACCAGCCUAACUGCUACCUGUUUUUCUGUCCCAGUGAGGACGCCUGUCCACUGAAACCAGCGAAGGGACUUAGGAGUUACAGGGUAAUCACAGAGUCUUUGUCUCCUCCAGCCGGACCCAAGUUGUCCAGCCCCGGCCAGUGGGACCAGGCAGCCCCCUCCUCGCCCCCAAUCCCGAGGGGCUCCUUGAAGCCCACCGAUGUCCUCAGGGAAGAUGUGCGGUCCCAGACAUCAGGGACCUCCGGUCACUUGGAGAAGCUGCUCCCGAGAGGCCCGGCCAGCCCGGGGAUCCUGGGACAGGAGGGCGAAGCCCGUCCCGCAAGUUCACAUUUUCCCCCGGAGUCAACUACGAUGCCGCUGGGGCCUGAAAAUGGUGCCGUGCUCUCCACGCCAGUGGCCACGGCUUCUGGGAGGCCUCCCACCUCUGCCUCUCGGCAUCCGGUAGCUCCCGGGACUCCUUCUGUGACUCAGUCACAGGCGGCCACUGCAGCUGGACCUGUGACCACAGUCCCCACUCAGCCCCCCACCAGCAUCCAGGCCACUGUCUGGACAGGAGCUGUGACAUCGCCCCCAGCCAGCCCGACAAUGACAACAGUGACAAGAGGGACAGGGACGAGAGGGACUGGGGUGACAGCCACUUCUCAGGAAACGACAGGACUGCAGGGUGCCCCCCACGUGCCGCCCCUCCCGGGAACCUCCAGCCUACCUUGGAGCUCAGACGCCACCCAUGAGGCUAUGACGCUCCCUCCAUCCAGUGUGGACUCUGCCCCUGUGAGCGAAACCUCUUCCUGGAACGCCGGGCAGCGUCUGGGUGCUGCCUCCCUGGACCGUGGCCCCGACGGGCACUACGGCCUCCCGUUUGAUAAGUGGCUUCUCGUGGGCAGCCUGGUUUUGGGGGUCCUCUUCCUGACCAUUGGCCUCGUGCUCAUGGGGAGAAAGUUCUUAGAGUCCCUCCACAGGAAACGCUACUCGAGACUGGACUAUUUGAUCAACGGGAUCUACGUGGACAUCUAGGUGGCUCUGGUUGGCUCCAGAAUAAUUAGCCCCUAGCACCCCAGCACCAAACUCCUGCGGAGCCACCAGUGGUUGCAGAACCAGCCUUUGAAGUGUUUGAAUAACAAGCAAGGAUGUCCCCUCUUUUGAUUGUUCGCCACUUUCUUACAGUCCGGUUCCUGAGGAGGAGGGAACACAUAGGGAAUUUAAAUGAUUCAUCUCCAACAUCUCUGCUGAGAACAAAGUUCUGCCGGGACCAAUCAAGUAUAAUUGCUGCUAUGAACCAAAAAAACCAGCGACCCCGAAAGAUGUGCGCACUUUCAGGCCUCAGCCCGUUAACAUUCUGGCUCCAGAGGAAAGUCCACUGGUUCUGACAUUAGUUCCAAUAGAUUCACUUUCCCUUUUAUAUGAAUUCCAAUAAA